GGGUCGCGCCGCCCUUUGUUGUCUCGGGCGCGGCCGGGCAGCGCCGAGCCUCGGCGGCAGCGCGGACCCCCGAGCUCUGCGGUCGCCCCGGGAGCCGUCGGCGGGUCGGGCAGGAUGGCCCAGGAGAGCCUGCUGGGCAUGGACGAGGGGGCGCUGAGGAAGCUGCUGGAGGCAACGCUGGACCUUGCUGAGCGGCGCCGCAUCCGCUCGGCCAUCAGGGAGCUGCAGCGACAGGAGCUGGAGAGGGACGAGGAGGCACUGGCAUCCAAGCGCUUCCGCCCCGAGCGUGGCAGCCACCGGCAGGACAACAAGGAGAACUGGCUGCGGUCCCAGCAGCUGGAGGAAGAGCAGCAGAAGGCUCUGGCUUCCCUGUCCCGGGAACUUGAAUCAAUCACCGAUGUGGAAGAGCUGACAAAGCUGCUGCGGGCAGCCAGUGAAUACGAGGAGCGCAAGCUCAUCCGGGCUGCCAUCCGCAAGCUGCGGGCUGAGGAAAUUGAAGCUGUAGCCCUGGCUGGUAAUGUGCAGAGCAACCGGAGGGAUGGCACUGAGUCCCCAGCCAUGCCUGCAGGUGCAGAAGGCAGCCAGAGGGAUGAUGCUGAAGCGCCAGCUCUGUCUGGGAAUGGGAAGAGCAGCCAGAGAGGAGACUCUGAGCUUCCAGCUGCAGUGAGGAGUGUGGACAGCAGCUGUCAGGGCAGCGCUGAGUCCCUGGCUGUAGCCGGGAGUGUGGAGAGCAGACAGAGGGGUGAUGCUGAGCAGCCGGUGCUGGCUGGGACAGAGGAGAGCAGCCACGGUAGUGAUGCAGACCAGCUGCCUGCUGAGGAGCCUGAACAUCCUGUGGCCCAUGAGCAAGACGCAUCAGUGGAGCAGGAGCAUGCCCAAACUGAGACGCGGGAGCUGAACAGCCAGCAGCUGAGAGGGCCCCAGAAACCCAGUGCCCAGGGCACAGCCUCGGGAACCCUGGUGAUCCUAGACCUGCACCCAGCACUGGAGCCUGCUCCAGCACCGGAGCCUGCUCCAGCCCUAAAACCUGAAGACCACGCCACGGAGCUGGAGCAGGUCCAGCCAUGCACCAAGCAUGUGGCCGAGAGUGAACUGCAGUACCAGGCCUCCUGGAAAGACAAGAGCCCCAGCAGCCCCUCUGCCGUGCAGGAGCCCCACACUGAGCAGCUAGAGACCACGUGCAGCACAGGGCAAAGCCACCAGGCAGAGCAGCAUCCCCAGCAUCAGCCCUGUGCUGUCAGCCAGGGCAACCAGUUUGUCAUCUGUGUGCGAAGCCAGGCAUCAGGGAAGGCUGUGCAGCUGGAGGAGAAGCGAGCGGCACCCACCCAGGACGUAGCGAGGACCCCGGCUCGCCUGAACACUCACCGCUGGGAGCAAACACCGUCCUCCCUGUGCCCGGCUGGCCGCGUGGAGCCGAGCCCCGACGGCCCCGUCCGGCGCUCCUCCUCGGUGCGAGAGCGUGCCCAGCGCUUCGCCCCUGCGGCCCCGGCCCCGGCGGGCGGCCCCGAGGGGGCGGGCGGCGCGGGGGGGCGGGCCGGGCCCGGCCAAUGGCAACGGGGGCCGCGCUCGGCCCCGCCGGGGCCCGCUCAAAACGCGCGGGGCGGCGGCGGAGGCGCAGAGCAGAGCCCGGCCCAGCCGCCCGCAGGCCCCCGCCUCGCCGGCCCCGGCCCCGGCGCCCACGACGGCAUGAAGACCUACUUCACCAUCGAGAUCAAGGAUGGGCGCGUGCAGCCCCUCACGCAGUCCCUCACGCCCCGCGUCGUGGCCGCCCCCGGCAGCCAGCAGCGGGCAGAGCUUACCCUGGGGCUUAGGAGCACCCCCAUCCGCAUCACCACCAUCCCCAGCAGCAGCAGCGUCUGCAGCAUCAGCAGCAAUGUCAUCAAGGACCCUUGCGCUCACUUUGAGGGCACCGAGGAGCCCGGCAGCCCCGUGGCCCAUCCACCCACUUUCUCCAGCACUCGCCAGCAGUCAUCUGUGCACCUCUCCCGGAGCAACAGCUUUAUGGAACCAGAGCUGGUGGAGCAGCCCCAGGCACCAAGGCUGGAGCCAGAGCUGCCCAAUGGCAUGGAGAAGGUCCAAGUGAAGGAGGUGGAAAAGAGGACCAAGCUAAACAUUGAGGAGCUGAACAGGAUUGAGGAUGAGGAUGUUCUGGAUAAGAUGCUGGAUCAGACAACAGACUUUGAGGAGCGACGACUGAUCCGUAAUGCCAUGCGGGAGCUGCGUCAGCGCAAGCGAGACCAGCGGGAGAAGGAGCGGGACCAGAGGCUGCAGGAGAUGAAGAGCCAGGCUACAGCAGGCAGGGCCGGCCACACCACCGAGACCACUACCACGCAGAGCACCCAUUCGGCCGAUGGCUCAGCCCGCAGCACUGUCACCAAAACAGAACGCCUCAUCCAGUCUAAUGAUGGCUCCAAGACUUCCCGUACAACAACCAUGGAGUCGAGUUACGUGAAGAGAUCAGACAAUGGCAGCAGCACGUUUGUUCAAACCAAAUCAUCCUACAGCUCCUCUUCCAAGAAGACAGGCAGCAUCUUUGACCGGGAAGAUGAGAGUGCCUCAAGGCAGAGCAGUCUGGCGGCGCUGGAGCGGCGCCAGGCUGAGAAGAAGAAGGAGCUGAUGAAAGCUCAGAGCCUGCCCAAGACAUCCGCCUCACAGGCUCGCAAGGCCAUGAUUGAGAAGCUGCAGAAGGAGGGUGGAAGCUCUCCAAACCCUGCGGUGGCACGCACAGCUGUGCAGCGCUCCUCCAGCUUUGGUGUUCCCAAUGCCAGCAGCAUCAAGCAGAUGUUGCUGGACUGGUGCAGAGCCAAGACCCGGGGCUAUGAGCAUGUGGACAUCCAGAACUUCUCAUCCAGCUGGAGCGAUGGCAUGGCCUUCUGUGCUUUGGUCCACAACUUCUUUCCAGAGGCUUUUGACUACAGCCAGCUCACACCCCAGAAUCGCCGUCACAACUUCGAGGUGGCCUUCUCCUCUGCAGAGAAGCACGCAGACUGUCCGCAGUUGCUGGACGUGGAGGACAUGGUCCGGAUGCGCGAGCCGGAUUGGAAGUGUGUGUACACAUACAUUCAGGAAUUCUAUCGCUGCCUGGUCCAGAAGGGGCUGGUAAAAACCAAAAAGUCGUAGCCCAUUUUCACCCCCGGGAGCGAUGGAUGCUGGCAGACUGCGUGCCCCUGGUGGAGGUGGAAGACAUGAUGAUCAUGGGGAAGAAGCCAGACCCCAAGUGCGUCUUCACCUAUGUGCAGUCCCUCUACAACCACCUGCGUCGCCACGAGUUGCGCAUGCGGCAGAAAGAGUGCUAGAGCCUGCCCUGGCCUGCAGCUGCCCGACACCUCACUGCCCCCUCCCCGCAGGGACGCUGGUGUGCGGAGGAGCUGCUGCUCCGCGGAGAGGCUGGCGGGAGGGCCUGGAGAGGCUGUGGGGCUGGCACUGGGGAAGGGGGGACUCUGUCACUUGGGUCACCCCCGCUUUAGCCUUGCUGGAGCUCCUCAGUCAGCCUCGGCCCUGGCUGGCUGCCAGCCAGCUGAACGCAUGGGCAGGGCAGGACAGUGCCAAGUGGAUGCUGCCCAGGAUGCCACCCUCCCUGCAGCCAGCUUGGCUCUCCUCCCCCCCGCCAUGCUCUAGCAUAUUAAGUUAUUUGUUUUCAAGGAAUUGUUUGUAUGUGGGCAGUGCCCCUGUUUCCCAGGGAGGCUGGGGCAUGGUCAUGCCCUCGGGCCCUGAGCCAGCAUGGGUCCGCGUAAGUGCAACUCAGCCCACGGACCCCCAAGAACCAGGGCCCUGGUGGGCACUGCUGGUUUUGGUACAUCCAUAAGGCAGAGCACCUUGGUCUCCAGGCAGCCCGAGAGCGGUUUUCCUGGCCUCCCUACAGGGAAGCCAGCCUCUCUGCCCACCACAGUCCCUGCUUGGUGCCACCUCUCUGGGAUGGCCCCAUGCUGACACCCUGCUUCCCACUGCACUCACGUGCCCAGGGCACUUCCACGGCAGGGACCUGCAGCACCCACGUGCUGGGGAGCUGGAGGGGAGCAGGGAGGGUGCGAGGGGCCAGGGUCUAGGCAGCCCCCGUGCUCCUCCCCAGCUCUGGGCACAUUGUGCUCAGUGCCACUCACCCCUUCAUCACCGUCUACACCUGCGUUGACACGUGUACCAACACCAGCCAGACAAUAAAGGUUUAUUCUAUAGGGCAA